AUGCGAAGAACAGUAGAUCAGUGUUCUGCCGAUAUCAUUCUAGCACCAUCAGGACACCCCUUGACCGAUCUCGAGUACGCUGACGAUGUUGAUGUAUUUGCGGAAAGCAGUACGAAACUUCAAUAUGUUCUCAACCUUGUAUCGAAGCUGGCUGCAGCCUAUGGACUACGUUUACGCCCUGAAAAAUGCAAGCAGAUGUGGAUCUCUUUGAGACCUCGAACGGGAAUCAGGGUGAACGGACAACCGAUAGAACUCUUCGAUGAGUUCUGUUACCAGCUACGAGAGAGAUGUUCAGCAAAGAUGCGCUAA